CUUUGAAGGAAGAGCUGCAGGACCCCAUCUGUCUCUUUCCGCCCUACCCGCCAUCUUGCGAGCAAUCGGGGUAAUCAGGCAUCAUGACGAACACCAGAGGCAAGAGGAGGGGGACCAGGUAUAUGUUUGCCAGGCCCUUCCGUAAGCAUGGUCCAGUACCUCUGUCCGUUUACAUGCGUAUCUACAAGAAGGGUGAUAUUGUUGAUAUCAAAGGCACAGGAACCGUUCAGAAGGGUAUGCCUCAUAAGUGCUACCAUGGUAAAACAGGACGUGUUUAUAAUGUUACACAGCAUGCUGUAGGCAUCAUUGUCAACAAGCAAGUCAAGGGCAAGAUCCUGGCUAAGAGAAUUAAUGUGCGUAUCGAGCACAUUAAGCACUCAAAAAGCAGAGACAGCUUCUUGCAGCGCGUAAAGGAGAACGAGAAGAAGAAAGUGGAGGCCAAGAAGGCAGGCACCUGGAUUGAGCUGAAACGCCAGCCUGCUGCUCCACGGCCAGCGCACUUUGUCAGCACCAAGAACAACGAGCCUCAGCUCCUGGAGCCCAUCCCCUAUGAGUUCAUGGCAUAAGUCUGCUGACCAAAAUAAAAUACUUUGUACCACAUAAUUCAUGUUUGAAAGUCUUUCUUUUAAAAGAAAACAUGUUUACUGAAAUUGCUAUUUCAGUUUUAUUUAUCAAGGGUAGAGUUUGAUUUGUAAAUGUAGGAUUGUUGCUCAGAAGAAACAUAAAGAAGCAUCUGUACAGCACUGAGCACAUGCAAAAAAAUCCCAAAUACUGGUUCUGUUACUGCAAUCCCUUUUCCUGUUAUUUGAUGCAAUUAUAACAAGCUAUUGUGCUGUUAUACUACAUAAGAAAAUAUCAGUUAAAUUUGAAGUGUGUCAUUUCUGCGCUUCCAGAAGGAAUUGCCAAAAUAAACAAUUGUUUUCAAAUAGC